GUAAUACUUUUAAAAAGAAACAGAAAGAAAAUUCCCACUUUCUACCACUAGAUGCCAUUAUUCUCUCUUUUGUGCAGAAAUGACACUAGCAAUGUUGUUAAUAUAUCCUGUACGCGCUAUUGGGGGAGGCUGUUUUCUUGCUAUUUUGAAUACAUUUGCUGUAUGCUCUUACAUUAGUUCAACAUUUUAUUGCCACUUAGUUCAGUGCUGUCAACUUUCAAAUAAAGAUCAAUGAAACAUCACUGACAGCAGCAGGAUACGCGCCACCAGUUGCUCCCAUUUUGCUAAUAACAUCUUGCGCCCCUGGCCGCACUUUCUCCCCCUCCCACAACCUAUUUAAACAGCAUCUGAUCUUUCCUUUGGUCUUUAUAAAGAAGGUUGCACGCAUCUCCGGUUCACCGGUUAAAGACACUCGUGAUGGCUUUGGCGGAUCCAGAGCGCGGAAUAUCAAACGGCGCCGAUUCCGCGUGGCCGUUUCCUGAAAUUAUUGAACUAAACGUCGGUGGACAAGUGUAUGUGACACGACACACGACCUUAAUAUCCGUACCCGAUUCACUCCUAUGGAGCAUGUUUAGUAAAAAAACACCGAAAGAGCUGGCGCGGGACAGUAAGGGUCGUUACUUUUUGGAUCGGGACGGUUUUCUUUUCCGUUAUAUAUUAGACUAUCUACGGGAUCUGAAUCUGGUGUUGCCUGACUAUUUCCCAGAGAAGAGUAGACUACAUAGGGAGGCGGAGUUUUUCCAGCUGCGGGAUCUGUCCAAGCUCUUGAGUCCCAAAAUGAGUAAAGACAACUCCAUCACCGACGAGAUCUGCCAAAGUGAUUCGGAUGAGCCGUCGGCGCAGAGCGCGAGCGCGAUUCCCCUGGUCGGACCGGAAUCCUCUCGCGCGCUUUCCGUCGUCAACACCGCUCUCUCCCCUUCACUGGAGUCCAAAAAGUCUGGCUACAUCACAGUCGGCUACCGGGGCUCGUAUACGAUCGGGAGAGACGUACAGACCGAUGCCAAAUUCAGGAGGGUCGCAAGGAUCACGGUGUGCGGGAAAACGUCUUUGGCUAAAGAGGUGUUUGGAGACACUUUAAACGAGAGCAGAGACCCGGACCGUCCACUGGAGAGGUACACGUCACGAUAUUAUCUCAAAUAUAAUUUUCUCGAGCAGGCGUUUGACAAACUGUCAGAAUUUGGUUUCCAUAUGGUCGCGUGCAGCUCCACGGGUACGUGCGCCUACUCCAGCAAUGACCCGAACGAGGACAAAAUCUGGACAAGCUACACAGAGUAUGUUUUCUGCAGAGAAUAACCCCAUAUAUGUUACAUUUAAGCGUAUUAUAUGUAUAUAUAGGUCUGUAUAUAGGCCUAACUGUAUAUCUAUAUGAGUCAAGUUUCGUCGACUAUUAUGUCACUUUCAUAUCUGGCAAUUUUAUAGUUUGCAUUUCACGUUUGGCUACAGUGCAAAAAAACUGUUACUCUGUUGUUUUGUCUUGUUUUCCAACACAAUUAUCUAAACAAGAUAUAUUCACUUGAGAAGCAAAAGCAUUUAGAGAUUAAAAAAAACAAGAAAAAAGAUGUUUGCUGAUAUAAUCUUGUUUAAACCAGAUUUUCUUGGUUUAAGCAAAACCAUAGCUACAUUUUUUUCAAUGUAUCUUGUUUGAAGUAUAUUUAGAUAAUUGUAUUGGUAAAAAACAGAGCAAGAAAAAGGUUGUUGUGCAUUUAAGAUAGAUACCACAUUUAUAAGCUGUAACUGAUGAAUGCAAAAUUAAUAAUGAGAUUAAUUUUGUUUUUAGCAUUAUUUUGUCCAUAUUCAGAUCUAAGGGCCUACAGAUGUGUUUUAUAUUUAUUCAGUGAGCUUGACAUUAUACAUUUAUGCAAAAGAUUAUAAUUAAUGUUAAUAAUGUUCUGUUGCACUUUUAGGAAGUCAUUUACUAAACCCUUAAUAACAUUUAUGUGUUUUUUACACUACUACAUCUCAGAAAAAUUUUCAAUAAUAUGUUCAUUUAGGAUCAUGAUUUUUUAAAAACAUUUAUUUUAGGUUUGCACACAUUUCAUUUUAUAUGAUUGGUGAGUACUGUUUGUUUUUGCCAUGAGGCUUAGUGUUUCUAUGUCCAUAUUCUUGUAUUAAACCAAGGGGUUUUAUCCAGCUGUAUAAUCAGAAUUAGUCAUUUAAUGUGAAAUCUGUCAUAAUAUUUCAGCUUUACAAUUUUGUGUUCUUUUCAAAUCGUUUGGACUUUAUUUGUAUACAUUUAUUUGUGUAUUGCAUCUAUAUUGUGUAUUAAUCGUAAUAAAGAAUGAAAUAUAAACUGGAUAAAAAGGGAAACCAAUUUGUCAAAAUGUUUCACAGAAACACCAAAAAAUUACUUUUAGCAUCAGUUUAUUUGAAUGUUAUUCAGAGUAAAAUUAACCACAAUGGAUGAAAUACAACAAGGAUUUACAAAUAGGUCCUCCGACUUGCUUUUUGGAUAAAUUGGGAAUCAUUAACUGUGCUCACAAAAAGGCUGGGGGUCA